CGCGUUGUCAGCACGCCAGGCUUCAAGCAGACACCCACACCCUCAUCAGCUCUCACCAUCCGCCGCGAGCACCGCCGCCAUGCCCGCCCGCACUCUCUCGACUCAGGCCGAGUACGCAUCGCUCGUCGACCAGUACGACACUUGGCUCUUCGACUGCGACGGCGUCAUCUGGGAGGGCGACCACGUCAUCGGCAAGGCCGGCGACACGCUUCAGUACUUGCGCAAGCAGGGCAAGCGCAUCUUCUUCGUCACCAACAACGCGACCAAGAGUCGGGCGACCAACAAGGGCAAGUUCGACAAGAUGGGCAUCGAGUGCGACGUUGACGAGAUCUUUUCGUCGGCAUUCGCCUCGGCGGCUUACCUCAAGGCGGUCCUCAAGUUCCCUGCCGACAAGAAGGUGUACGUGAUUGGCGAGAAGGGCAUCGAGGACGAGCUGGACGCUGUCGGGAUCAAGCACUCGGGCGGAACGAACCCGGACGACAACGUCUUUCUCGACCUCAUGGACUUUUCGUCGAUCACGUCCGACCCCGAGGUCGGCGCCGUCCUGUGCGGGCUCGACAUGCACAUGAACUACAAAAAGGUCGCCAAGGCGUUCAAGUACCUGCGCGAGAACGAGGGCUGCCUGUUCAUGGCGACCAACCUCGACUCGACGUUCCCGACGCACGGCACGGUUCAUCCUGGCGCCGGCGCGACGAUCGCGCCCCUCACGUGCGCUGUCGGUCGUGACCCGCUCGUCGUCGGCAAGCCCGAGGCGCCCAUGCUCGAGUGUAUCGUCCAGACCCACAAGCUCGACAAGUCGCGCAUGAUCAUGGUCGGCGACCGCCUCAACACGGACAUUGCGUUCGGCAACAAGGGCGGCAUCGACACGCUCAUGGUGCUCACCGGCAUCGACGGUCGGGCAGACUUUGAGAAGGAGGAUGCGGUCGCAGUGCCGACGUACGUCGUCGACGCUCUCGGAGACUUGGCGUCGCUCGGCGUCGACGCUCUCGGAGACUUGGCGUCGCUCGGAGCAUAGAAUUACAAUUUGGAAUAGAGUUGCGUUUGUAUUGACA